GUCGCAAAAAAAAGAAUGCCUAGCGUCCAUCAUCAGUGUGAAACGGAUAUUCCACGAGCUACAUAUGGGCAAUCAAGAGUCGAAGCCCUCCUCGUCCCACCAAAGCGGCGUUUCGUCGUCCCAACCGCCGUCACAUGCCUCGAAUCAUGCCACCACAAGCACCCAUACCAUAGAGAAGGGUAAGAGCGUGCCACGAAGACGACAAUCGGUGCAGGCUUCGCUGUCAGGAGCUAAGGCAACGGCGAGUCCGUCGGCGAGUUUGGCUAGUGCAACGGCAACGACCUCCAAUUCCAGCAAAGGUUCUGCUGAGGACUAUCUAAAACGGGCCGCCCAACCUCAAGCUCAACCCAAUAACACGUCCACACUUCAAUUUCGACCUAUUGACAUACCGGAAACCAUGGGCACAUCAUCUUCAAAACCCGUAUCGAUCGAGAGAACCACACCUCAAACCGCCGACCCCGCGUCCCCGCCUUCGCCACUAUCUCGACCUAUCGAUGUGCCCACCACGCAGAGCCCAGCUCAAAGCCAUGCACAAACACCCAGCCCGCCGUUAGAAGAUUCGUCUGGCUUUGUGGAUGCCUCUUAUCAACUUGCUGCACCUCAAUUUUCUCGCCCUCCACGAUUACCUCUCCCGAUCGAAGAAGAAGUACAUGUUCCCGGAUCUCCUAUCAUAUCGCCCGCAGAUAUAUCAGCGCCAAUAGGGCCCAUAGAAGGUGAAAUAGCACUUCCACGAAGAGCAUCUGUCCUAAGCAGUACAACGGUAGAUGAUGAUGAUCUGGGUGAUGACGUGAAUUCUUUGGAACCUUGGAAUGGUGCUACUACUGUGCCAACGUUAUUGGAAUGGCGAGAAGAAGGUGAAAAGGUCUAUGUUACGGGCACGUUUGCUGGAUGGGACAAAAAAUUCAGAUUACACCGCAACGGUCCAAGCAAGCAUCCCGGGGCGCUCUCCGCUAUGAUAAAUCUUGUUCCAGGCACCCACCAUGUACGCUUCAUCGUCGACAACGAAAUGAAGUUGUCGAAGUUUCUCCCAACUGCCGUCGACUUCACCAACUUCCUCAUCAACUACAUCGAGGUAGUCCCACCUCAGCCCGCUGAAUCAAAACCCGACUCGGAUGCUCUCCAACAAUCUGCAGCGGCAGCUGUUCCUCCACAAGUGCAAUCUACACAAGUCUCGGACGAGCCCAGUGUCCAUACACCUCAGGCUCCACCCGUAGUCGCCGCGCCCGCGCCUUCCACUUUAGCACCAAGGCCGGAUGCUACGCCUAAAGCUAUCCCAAGAGACCCCAGGGAACGGACCUCAUCAGAAACACUAGCAUCCCAAGUUGAUAAGCCGAAGAUGGCGCCAAUUGCCGUGGGUCCUCCUAAAAAGUACCACACACAGAUACCACAGUUUCUGCUCGACAUAGAGGCAGAAGACGACCAAGCUUUGUACGCUAGGGCGUCUGCUCUGAUAUCCACGCUUCCAGAGCCGCCAAGCCUGCCCAUGUUCCUUGGAAAGAGUGUUUUAAAUGGAGCUACCCCUAUGAAAGAUGAUGCCAGUGUUCUCGUGAUGCCCAAUCAUACCGUGCUAAACCAUCUUGCUACAAGCAGUAUUAAGAACAAAGUACUUGCAACCAGUGCUACCACGCGAUAUAAGAAGAAGUUCCUCACGACAAUAAUGUAUAAACCAACUACACAGGCCAUAGACUGAACGGACGGACAACAGACAGGAAAAGUGAUUUUCGAAUCGUCGCUCGGACAACGGCACCUUGCAAUUUGUUGUGUACUUGAGGUGUGCGAAGAGAAGUUCAUCAUCUUUUCGGUACGCGAAUUAGGAGGGGCUACCACCCCCAAGCGCAAUAUAGACACCACAAAUAUGAGAAUAAUCUUUAUUUCAUGGUGCACGCUGAAGGCAACUGGCGUGGGUGAAGCGCAUCAAAUCCUUGUAAGCUGUGGUUUCAAGACUUGAAGGCAAUUGGGUUCAAGGGACUACAUUAGAUCAUAUCUGCGAGGGUGUAAUCAAGCAGCUGAUGAGAUGGGUUACUCCACAUCCUCGUAAGAGUGAAUUAGAUAGAACUCGAUGCAAUGAAGUGAUGUCCAGAAUGAUAUCAACUGGUCAAUGUGCGGAGCUACAGAACUACCUGUUUGAAACGACUUUAACUGGGAACUUUAUGUGCCAGUCAAACAAUUCAUCCCAAACAAACGUUCUUCCG